AUGCCCAUCAGCUUCUUCAGCUCUGUACGCGCUCGCGUGGCCGCUGUGGACUCGCUCCUGUGCGUGGGUCUGGACCCGCACAUUGCAGAGCUACCGGAUGCAACAGCCGCUGCUGCUCUGUCUUUUUGUUUGCGUCUCAUCGAAGAGACGCAGCACGUAGCAGCGGCUUUUAAGCCCAAUUCGGCCUUCUUUGAGGCUUUGGGGGCUGAGGGCAUCACUGCAUUGCAUACUGUGAUCAAGUCGAUUCCCAAUGGCAUUCCCGUGAUUCUGGACGCCAAGCGCGGAGACAUUAGCACCACCGCAGCUGCUUACGCCGUCUCGGCCUUUGACAAGCUCGAGGCGCACGCCGUCACGUUGGCUCCGUACAUGGGUCAGGACUCGAUUGAUCCUUUUGUCAAAGGACGUCCCGAUCGUGGCUGCUUUGUGCUCUGCAAGACGUCCAAUGCCAGCGCCAAUGACUUUCAGACGCUGUCGGUUGGCGCACGCGCGCUGUUUGAAGAAGUGGCAGUCAAGUGCGAGCGCUGGAACGUCGAAGACAAUGUUGGCCUCGUGGUGGGCGCUACUGACGCCGAUGCUCUGCGUCGCGUACGUGCCUUGACGCCUGAUUUAUGGAUCCUGGCUCCGGGAAUAGGUGCACAGGGUGGCGACUUGGAAGAAGCAGUGAUGGCUGGUUUAUCUGCGUCUGGACUUGGUCUGUUGGUGCCUGUUUCGCGUGGUAUUUCCAAAGCCGCAGACCCGAAACAAGCUGCCGAGUCCCUGCGUGAUGCCAUCAAUGCUGUCCGCAAGGUGAAGGUGGCAGCAACGCCUGCUCCGUCGGUCGUGGUCAAUACGAGUGCCAACGAGUUUAUCAAGUUCGCGCUGUCUUUUGGCGUGCUGAAAUUUGGCGAGUUUACGCUGAAGUCGGGACGGCAGAGUCCGUACUUUUUCAAUGCCGGUCUGUUCCGCACGGGUUGCGCGCUUGGCAAGCUCGGCAGGUUUUACGCCCAGGCCAUUCAUAACAGCGGUGUAGAGUUCGACGUGCUGUUUGGCCCCGCCUACAAGGGCAUUACGCUUGCAGCUACCGUGGCCAUCGCGUACGCUGAUAUGUACGGUGUCGACAUCCCCUUUGCGUACAACCGCAAAGAAGCCAAAGACCAUGGCGAAGGCGGCGUGCUGGUUGGUGCCGACAUGACCGGCAAGAGGGUGCUGAUCGUCGACGACGUCAUCACUGCCGGGACUGCGAUCCGUGAGGCUUUUGACAUCUUGUCGAAAACCAACGCGCAGGUCGCUGGCGUAUGCAUCUCGUUGGACCGUCAGGAGAGAGUGUCGGUCGAAGACACGCGAUCGGCCAUUGACCACGUGAAGGCGAGUUUCGGCAUUCCCGUUGUAAGUAUCGCGACGCUGGACACGCUCGUCGCUUUCCUCGAAAACGCAGACCCGGCAACGGAUUGCAACGCCCCGUACCUACCGAUCAUCCGCGCCUACCGUGCCGACUAUGGCGUGUCGACGCAGUAG